ACUUGUUUCUGGGGAGACAUCUGCACAGCACACAGUCCGUGUUUCUUGCGGUUGGCCAAAACAACUCAUGUUUACAUCAUGUCCGUGCUUUUGUACAGCAUAUUAUUGUGUUGAAGCUCCUAUUGAAGUAAGAAUAUAACGCGCUAUUUGCUUGUUGUUGGUCAAAGUGUCACAGGAGGGCGUUUCUGAAGCUGUAACGAGAGAACUGGUCACUGUCAGAAGUCAGUGACAAUUACCAACCAGCACCCGGUGUUAGCUAAUUAGCACGGGGUUAUGGUCGAGCCUGGCCGACGUUCAUAGCUUCAGUCUGGGGGCGAAACGAACUGCAUUUAGGCCGUUUACGAUUUAAAGAAAUGCCUCCGAACAAACGGAUCCAUAAGAAAACACUGAAAUUGGUUUGCGAAUGGAGUUCGUGCCAGGACUCGUUCAGUCGGAUGGAUAAUUUCUGCAACCAUGCGGAGGGUCACUUUAAGGCUCUAAACAUGGCGGAGGAGGACGUAGAAGAAACAGAAGGGGAGAGAAACUGUCUUUGGAGAGACUGUGGUUUCUGCUCUGUGGAGGGACCUGAAGAGUUGCGCAGACACCUGUUCUUUCACUGUUACCAUAAUAAGCUGAAGCAGUUGGGUCAGCAGGUGCUGAAUGCCCAGCCUGAAAUUGGUACCUGUUCCAUCUGCUACCAGAACUGCAACCUCAUCCCUGAUAUCCCAGACAAUUUCAUCUGCCUUUGGGAGGACUGUGAGCAACCACCGUAUGAAAAUCCAGAGUAUUUCUAUCGCCAUGUAGAGAUGCAUAGCCUGUGCGUUGACGUACCAGCGGGAGACUAUGAAUUCCCAAUACGCUGUGGAUGGAAAGAUUGUGAAGCCACCGCUAAAGGACGUCCUAAACUUCGGGAGCACCUGCGCAGCCACACCCAAGAGAAGGUGGUGGCAUGUCCAGGCUGUGGAGGGAUGUACGCUAACAACACCAAGUUCUUUGACCACAUAAUAAGACAGAGCGCCAUGGAAGGUCAGAGGUUCCAGUGUUCCCACUGCUCCAAACGUUUUGCAACAGAGAGGCUACUGAGAGACCACAUGAGAACCCACGUGAGCCACUACAAAUGCCCGCUGUGUGACAUGACUUGUCCAUCGCCCUCUUCACUUCGCAACCAUAUUAAGUUCCGCCACAGUAACGAGAAGCCGUACAGCUGUGAAUACUGCGAAUACAGCUGUAAGAAUCUGAUAGACUUGCGCAAACACCUGGAUACCCACAGCAGCGAGCCGGCCUUUCACUGUGACGUCCCCGGCUGUGGCUUCACCUCUCGUACCCUUGGCACCAUGAACAUUCACCACAAAAGAGAACACAAGGGUACUUUUGUAGCUCGCUACAAAUGCCAUGUGUGCGAUCAGUGCUUCACCCGGGGCAACAACCUAACUGUCCACCUGCACAAAAAGCACCAAUUCAAAUGGCCCUCUGGACACCCCAGGUUCAGGUACAAGGAGCACGAGGACGGCUUCUUGCGGCUGCAGCUGAUUCGCUAUGAGAGUGUGGAACUGACAGAGCAGCUGAUGAGGGAAAGGCAAAGUAGUCAAGCGGAGGAUGAUGAUGAUGAUGAUGACGACAGUGGCGAGACUGAGGAAGAAUGCUCGGGGGCAACUUCCUCAGAGUUGCAGGUAGAACUGAGAGGGGUGCUGCUGGAGGAGCAGAGGACUGAGGAGCCCACAGCCAGCGUGGAGGAGGGCAGUCAGGAAGAGGGCAUGUUGUACGUUCUCACUGGAGUUUUGUCACAAGCGGGGGAGGACUAGGAUACUGCUCAGCGGCAGGAUUGACUGCUAGUCCUGCAUACACGUCCCAUACAUGACUGGGCAUUCUGUUAUCAGCUGUGCAGUUUCACAGAUCAUGGCACAUGAUGAGCCUUCAAUGGGGACCUGAGACACUUAAUAAUAAAUUAAAACGUCUGAAUGAAGGGAUGCAUACUCCAUGAUGACCCAUUUUGAAUAUUAGCCUAUGUUAGGUAAACCUGUUUUUUUAUGUGUUUUCUGUUUACUGAUGUUGAGCCUGUGCAUAGUCUGUUUUCUGGUAUUUAUUAUGAUUUUCAAGUUAUUCAUUGUAUCUUAACACAUUUAAACAGUGUGAUACUAAUGGUGCACUGCCUAGUGCGUUGCCAUUCUCUUUUACAUGGGAAUGCUGUCCCAGAUAUUCAGAAAUAGUUCAUCCUCUCCUUUUUGAAGAGGGCAUACUUCAUGAGCUCUGUAAUUUGUUUAUGCUUCAUCUACAACUUAAAUAAAGUUAACAACAUGUUUGCAAAAUUCA